AGAGUCGCCAGCGCAGUGUGGAGCGUGUUAACGCCAAAGGUUUACCGGAAUGAGACAAAUGUAAACUAUUUCUCGCAGUGGGAGUGUUACCCCCUAUAACUUCAUUCAACCCAUCACCCAUUCUGCGAGUACUAAGUAGAGAGAACAUGGAGGUUACCAGCUUAAGGAGCGUUCUUUGGUUUGGUCAGCUCCUGCUUCUCUGUCAAAUAGCUGACCUGGUGCAAGGAUAUGGCUUCAGAUCGCAGAAAAAAUUCACAGAGAACAUUGACUGGUCUUAUGCAGGAACUCUGAACCAAAUCAACUGGGCAAAGAAGUACCCAUCAUGCAACAACGCCAAGCAGUCCCCCAUUAACAUCGACGAGAGCUUGGCGCCGGUCAAAGUUCAGUUCCAGAAGCUCAACCUUCAGGACUGGGAUCAGCUGACGUCCAGCAGGACAACAGUGAAGAACGACGGGAAGACUGUGGCCAUAGAGGUAGAUGGAAAUUUCCUCAUCAGUGGAGGAGGUCUGCGAUCCACAUUUAAAGUGGGGAGGAUCACCUUCCACUGGGGCCGAUGCAACGCCACCUCAGACGGCUCCGAGCACAGUCUGAAUGGCAUCAAGUUUCCUCUGGAGAUGCAGAUCUACAGCUAUGAGGAGGGAAGCUAUAACUCCUUGGACCAGGCCCUGAGGGAAGGAGGCAAAAUCACCGCCUUGGCCGUCAUGUUUGAGACGAGUGUUGAAGACAAUGACAACUAUGCAGCUCUAAUAGAAGGUGUCAACAGUGUCAGCCGCUAUGGUAAAAGUGGUGAGCUCAGCCCCUUCUCUCUGCUAGGCCUCCUGCCUAACUCCACAGAGAAGUACUUCAUCUACAAUGGCUCUCUCACUACGCCGCCCUGCUCAGAGACAGUGGAGUGGAUUGUCUUUAAAAACACCGUAGCCAUCUCUGACACACAGCUGGAGGCCUUCUGUGAGGUGAUGACUAUGCAACAGGCGGGGUAUGUGAUGCUGAUGGACUACCUGCAAAACAACUUCAGAGAGCAGCAGGAGCAGUUCAUGGGCCAGGUGUUCUCCUCUUACACAGGGACAGAGGAGGUGCCCACGCCCAUCUGCAGCUCGGAGCCUGAGAACGUCCAAGCGGAACCGCACAACUACACCAGUCUGCUGGUGAUCUGGGAGCGUCCGCGAGCUGUGUACGAUGCCAACAUUGAGAGGUACUCUGUCACCUACCGCCUGACACAGAGGGAUGACAUACCUGGCAUGGAGUACCUGACCGAUGGAGACCAGGAUGUGGGGGCGAUUCUGCAGGAGCUGAUGGCCAACAGCAGCUAUGUGAUACAGGUUGUGGCGGUGUGCACCAAUGGUCUGUACGGCCGCAUGAGCGACCAGCUGAUCGUGGACAUGCCUGUGGAUGACCCUGCGACAGACCCUGAUCCUGACGAAUCAUUUGACUUUGAAGAGGACUACCAGCCCAACCCAUUUGGGGUCAAGCCCAGUGAUGUGCCUGUCAGAAUCAGGACAACCUCUCCCUCACUGACCACAACAUCCAGCCAGGCCACCACCCCACAGCUCCCCGGUCUCAGUGUCCAAGGAGAGGAGCGCAGGGGCCAGAGCUCUCCAAACCGAUCCAGCCUGCAGCCCGUCCUCACCACCGCCCCGCCAGCAGAGGGCAGUAGCAGCGCUGGAGAUCCAGCUACGCUCACUGAGAUUGUUAGUUCUAGCACGCGUGCGUACACUCCACUGACCACAUCUGCUCCCAGCACGGCUGAAGUCACUACAACUCCAACUGCCGCUGUGGACGUGAAAGGAGCUGCUGUCCCGGUCACUGCUUCGGGAGGAGGCAGCGGGCAGCGCACCACAGUGAGCCCACUAGAGAGUCCAGUGGCGGUCACUCCCAUGUCCUCGUACCCUGACGUCUCUGUCCGGCCCACUAGCCGUGCCGUAUAUCUCCCCACCACCACCACCACCAGCAGCAGCAUCCGCACCAGCAGCACUGCUGCCUUCGGCCGGGUCCCCCUGAGGCCCACCCAGCCGGUGUUUAAUGCCACCAGCCCUGUGUACAGCCAGACCCUCCCACCCCCGGGGGCCACCUCCACACCUCCCACCCCCUCCACCACCUCCACCACCUCCACCACCACCCCGCCCUCCCCUGCCCCGCCCUCUCAGGCAAGCUCUGUGGCCCCGCUGGUGGCGGAGGGGUCUCUGGAGAGCAGUGCGUCCGGCUGGGCCCCUGUGGACCAGGAGUGGGAGCGGGGCCAGGCCUCCGCCUCCGCCUCAGGUGAGGAGAGCACGCCUCCCUACACCUCCUCCUCCGCACCUCCCUCCCCCGCCAGCGCCCCCGAGGAGCCGGACGACGGGGACGACGGGCGCUCCUCCUCGUUCUACUUCGAGAGCGAGAGCGUGAGCGAGAGCGCCAUCACCACGGUGAUGAGCGGGGAGGCGUGGGCGGCGGGGGUGGGGGACGAGGAGAGCGGCUCGGGGCAGGAGAGCCUGACCGACAGCGAGACAUCCUCGGAUUUCAGCAUUCCCGAGCGAACCGAGAGGGACUCGGAGGAGGAGGAGGAGGAGAAGGAGGAGCCGGUAGCAGAGGCCAGUAACAGCAGUCAUGAGUCUCGGGUGGCUUUGGCAGGCAGUUUGGAUCGCCAAAGGAAAGCAGUGGUGCCAUUGGCUGUGGUGUCCACCCUCACACUGGUUGGGUUAAUUGUACUUGUGGGCAUCCUCAUCUACUGGAGGAAGUGUUUUCAGACUGCUCACCUGUACAUAGAGGACAACACGUCACCUAGAGUCGUGUCCACACCAUCUACACCCUUAAUGACUCCCACAGAUGAGCAUCAGGCACUCUCAGUGAAGGAUUUUGUCAAACAUGUAGAAGAGCUUCACAGUACAAAUUCGUUUUCUCGUGAAUUUGAGAUACUGAAAGAGUAUUUUGAGGAAGUCCAGGCAUGCUGUGUAGAUCUGGGAACAACAUCAGACAGCUCAAUCCACCCAGACAACAGAAAUAAGAAUAGAUACAUCAACAUCCUAGCCUAUGACCACAGCCGUGUCAGAUUAUCACCUCAACCCGAUAAGGAAGGGAAGGCUGCUGGGGAUUAUAUCAAUGCAAAUUUUGUGGAUGGGUUCAACAAGCCAAGAGUCUACAUUGCUGCUCAGGGCCCACUGAAGGCCAGCACGGAGGACUUCUGGAGGAUGGUGUGGGAGCAGAAUGUGGGGGUCAUCGUCAUGAUUACCAACCUGGUGGAGAAGGGGCGGAGGAAGUGUGAUCAGUACUGGCCUGUGGAGAGUCAGGAGGAAUAUGGCUGCUUCUUGGUGACUGUGAAGAGCACCAGAGUCCUGGCCUACUACACUGUCAGGACCUUCACACUGAGGAACACAACCGUCAAGAAGGGUUCUCAGAGGGGCCGCUCCAAUGAGAAGGUGGUCGUGCAGUACCAUUACACACAGUGGCCUGACAUGGGAGUCCCCGAAUACUCUCUGCCUCUCCUCGCCUUUGUCCAAAAGUCUUCCCAGGCAUGGAGAAAGGACAUGGGGCCUGUGCUGGUGCACUGUAGUGCUGGAGUGGGAAGGACAGGUACUUACAUUGUCCUGGACAGCAUGCUGAAACAGAUCAAAGAGCAGGGGACUGUCAAUGUCAUGGGCUUCCUGAAACACAUCCGAACCCAGAGGAACUACUUGGUGCAGACUGAGGAGCAGUACGUGUUCAUUCAUGACGCUCUGACGGAGGCCAUCUGGAGCAAAGACACUGAGGUGCCCAGCAGCCACCUCCAUAACUACGUCAACGAGCUCCUGACGCCUGGGCCCACGGGCAAUACACAGCUGGAGGGGCAGUUUAAGCUGGUGAGCCAGUCGUGCGCCAAGCAGUGUGACUACACGACAGCCCUGAACCAGGCGAACAGAGAGAAGAACAGAAGCUCCUCUUUAAUCCCCAGUGAAGAUCCAGAGUGUGGUCUCAGCACAGUAGCUGGAGAAACAUCAGAGUACAUCAAUGCCUCGUAUAUCAUGGGGUAUCGCCGCAGCAAUGAAUUCAUUGUGACCCAGAGUCCCCUGCCGGCUACCGUGAAGGACUUCUGGAAGAUGAUUUGGGAUCAUAAUGCCCAGGUCAUCGUUACACUGCCCAAUAUGGUGAGCUUUGGGACUGAGCCGUUCGUUUAUUGGCCCCGCCGAGACCAGCCGAUCAGUUACAAGACGUUCACGGUCACCUUCAGGGGGGAAAACCACGUCUGCUUGUCCAAUGAGGAGAUGCUGAUAGUGCAAGAGUACAUCCUGGAGGCCACACAGGAUGAUUAUGUGGUGGAGGUGAGGCACUACUGCUGUCCCCGCUGGCCCAACCCAGACAGCCCCAUCAGCAACACGCUGGAGCUCAUCAGCAUCGUGAGGGAGGAGAGCAACUCCAAAGAUGGCCCUGUGGUCGUGCAUGAUGAGUGUGGUGGUGUGACUGCGGGAACCUUCUGUGCUCUGUCUUCUCUGGUGAGACAGCUGGAGGCAGAGGAGUGUGUGGACGUGUACCAGGUGGCCCGGAUGACCAACCUCAUGAGGCCUGGCGUAUUCACUGAGAUUGAGCAGUACCAGUUCCUGUACAAAGCCAUCCUGAAUCUGGUGAGCACCCAGGACGACGAGAAGAUGCUCCAGUCUGCUGACAACAACGGGACAGUCCCAGGAGGCUUGGCCUGUGCUGCCGAGAGUCUGGAGUCCCUUGUGUAACCAUGGUAACCAGCCUACACUCCUGAGACAGAUAUUUUUUCUCCCCUCCCCCCGAAGCCCCCCGUCCCUCAACCAACUUACAUGACUGUGCUCCACAGAUGGAUGUGAAGCAUUCUUGGAGUGUGUGCCUUGUAUAUUUACCUUGUGCUUGUAAUGGCCCAUACAUUUUUUUUUGUUACAAAGACUAAUACCCUCCAAAACAUUUUGAUGUUUUCCUGUUAACUUCUUACUAACUAUUUCUAGAUUUUCACACUCACUGGCUUUCAUCUUAAUAAAAAAGGGAAAACAGGAUUUUUACAGAGAAUUAUUUUGUUAGUCUAUUUUGUAGUGAUCACGGAUGAGCCACAGCUUUUUCACACAAACAAUUGUAAAUACAAAGUGGUUAUGUUGCUUUAUGUUUGUAAGUGGAUUAAGAUAAGGAGGAAUAAUGUUCUAAUAUGUAAAUAGUAUCAUAGAAACCAAUAAACGGACCAAAUUUCUAUUUAUAUGUUAGAUUUUUAUAUUUUACGAUUGUAAAACCUCUAGUGAUUUGCCAUAUGGUGAAGUUCUAAUACUUUAGUUGAAAUCAUUUGAACUAUGACAUGUUUCUGACAUUACAAUGUUUUGUACUUUGUUUAAGACUUGACAUGGUGUACUGACACUUAGUUCUAUGUCAAUACAAUGGCAUUGCCAAUGAAAUGUGGCAGAUAGGUAGAAUUAAACAAACAAAAAAAGAAAGAAAGAAAAAUAAAAACAAAACCAGCUA